GAAGAGCUCCUCAACCUUCCCAACAUUCUCACCGCCUCAAGGAUCGCCUCUACCCCCUUUCUAGGCUACCUGAUCAUCACUGACAGGCUUGCCGCUGCUGUGGGCUUACUCUUCGCGGCAGCGGUGACAGACUUGCUCGAUGGAUGGCUGGCAAGGAAAUGGAACAAAUUCACCGUAUUCGGGUCGAUCGCAGAUCCGGCGGCUGAUAAGCUCCUCAUGACCGUCAUGGUCGUCACACUGGGGUAUCGAGGUUUCCUACCGCCUUCCCUCGCCUCGCUCAUCAUCCUCCGUGACGUCGGUCUCGUCGGCCUCGCCUUUGUCAUCCGCUAUCGCACCCUCCCUGCUCCCGUCACAUGGUCACGCUAUUGGAAUCCGCGUCUUCCCUCUGCUCAAGUAGAGCCAACGCAGAUCAGCAAGUACAAUACCUUUCUACAGCUGCUUUCCGUUGGA